AUGGCGACCACCCUGAAGGUCAAUGAUGAUAACGAUGCAUCUCAGAAGGAGAACAAUGUUGAGCUUAUCGAAGGAGUGCCAGCAUUUGGUCAGCAUGGCCUGAAGCUCACAGCGGAGGAGCGCCAGCGUGAACGGAGAGUGAAAUGGAAGAUUGACCUCCUGAUUCUUCCCCUCCUAUCUACCGUUUACUUUCUGGCAUCCAUGGGUCGUUCCGAUCUUGGGAACGCAAAGAUCGCUGGCAUGUCGAAAGAGCUACACCUCACACCUAAACAAUAUUCGAAUGUCGCCAGUAUUUUUUAUGUGGGUUACAUCACUUUGCAGCUGCCAGGUACUCUGCUGGUCCGGAAGAUAGGGCCACCACUUCAGUUCGGUAUAGCCAUGAUGGGCUGGGGGUUGAUAACUGCAUGCACCGUUGUCAUCCACAGCUAUGCAGAACUCAUGGUAAUUAGAAGUUUCGUCGGAGUGACCGAAGCCUUUGUCCAGGGGUCAGUCUUCUACCUGUCAUUCUGGUAUCCCUACAAUGAACUGGCCACCCGGGGAUCCAUCUUCUUCUCCAUGGCCACUGUCGCCGGCGCAUUCAACGGCCUCAUCGCGUAUGGAGUCCAGAAGAACCUCAAUGGCCAAAACGGCUGGUUACCAUGGAGAUGGAUUUUCCUGAUCGAAGGGAUUAUUCCCGUCGGGUGGGCCUUCGUCAUCUUACUCCUCCUCCCACACACCCCCGAGAAGAUCAGAUUCGGCUUCACAGAAGAAGACAAGAAACUUAUCAUCCGCCGGUCCCGUCGCGCACAAAACACAGGCGAAUCAAAGAUUCUCCCGCGAAAGAUCCUCCAAGUCCUGUUCGACUACAAGUUCUGGAUGCUCGUCGGGAUCGAGUCCGCGACCGUUUCGUGCGUCAGCGCCGUCGGCAAUUUCCUACCAGAGAUCCUACACAACUUUGGCUGGACGGUGGUCAAGUCACAGUUGAUGUCCGUGAUCGUCUACGCCUGCGCAUUCGUGAGCAUUCUGUUCUGGGCGCGCGUGUCCGACAAGUGGGGCCGUCGAGGCUAUGUGAUCUUGAUCAACUGCGCGCAGUCCAUAGUCGGCCUCAUCCUGCUCCUGGCGGUCACCAACAACUCGGCGCGGUUCUUCGCCACCUGCCUGCUCGCCAUGGGCCUGUUCCCUAACGUCGUCAUCAAUUUGACCUGGAGCGCCAGCAUCAACGUCGGCUACACGCACCGUGCGAGCGCCACGGCACUGAUCAACUGCGUUGCGCAGGCUGUCGCCCUCGGUGUCAACCAGGCCUACGAUGACCCUCCAUUGUACAGGAAGGGUAACGGCACUGCGCUGGGCCUGUUGUCACUCGCUGCUCUACUUGCCGGCUCAUUGCGCCUUGCCCUGAGAUGGGAGAACAAGAAGAAGCUUGAGAACCAGUAUACCGAGCAAGCCGCGCAAAUGAGGCUGCGUUCCAUCGAUGAGAUCGGGAAUACGCAUCCCGAUCACUUCUUCAUGGACUGA